GGAGAUGCUGGGAGGGGCGGCAUUGGUCCGCUGGUUGCUCUGGCUCCUGCUGGGAGAGGCUCUGCCUCCUCUGACCCUGCCCAUCCCCUGGGAAGGACACCACAGGAAGGAAGGAGAAGGCAAUGGCUGCUGGGCCUCUCCUAUUGGGAGUUCAGAAGAUUUCUGCUAGUCUCGUGAAGGUUACUGCUAGUCAUGAGGAGCAGACGUCACCAUGAAGGAUUUUAGUGCUUUUCUAGAUAUUUUUAGCACCUCCCUACCAUGUGCUAAGCAGCAUUCUGGGUGCUGGGAAGGUAGCAGUGAAUGAAACAGGCAACGCCCCUUCCUCCUGGAUCUUCUCUUCUAGAAAGAGGAGGCAGCAGUGAAGAAGAAAUACUACUGAGGACGAGGUUACAUGCUGUGAUGGCCACACAACAGGGUGGCCUGGCUGAGUGUGACGGGGCACCUUUGAGGAGAUGGCAUUCAAACUGUUUUUCAGGAAUCAGUGACAUUCAAGGAUGUGUCUGUAGAUCUCACCUGGGAGGAGUGGGUCCAAUCUAAAUUCUGCUCAGAGGAACUUGUAUGGGAAAGUGAUGCUGGGAAACUACAGUAACCUGGUUUUGCUGGGGCAUCAGCUUUCCAAACCAAAUGUAAUAUCUCAGCUGGAUUGAGAACUGAGCCUGAUGACAAAAGAACAUCCAGGGUGCAUUUCCCCAGACUGGGAGAUAAGACUUGAAACCAAAGAGUCAACUACAAAGCCCUAAUUACUGAAGAUUUAUCUUAUGGGGUAAUAAUGGAAAGAGAAGGUCUCUGGCAUUCUUCUUUAGGGGAAACCUGGGAACCUGAUAAUUGGUUAGAGGGGCAACAGAAAAACCAGGAUAGACAUCUGGGCCAAGUGCACAUUACCCAUAAGGAAACCCUCACUGUGAGAAGGACAUGUGGAGGUAAUGAAUUUGAAAGAUGUUUCAGUCAGGGUUCAGUCAUUGAUACACAACAAACUGUUCCUGUGGGGAAAAGUCCUCACAGUUGGAAUUCACAUGGAAAAGACACUAAACAAAAUGCUGAAUUAAUUAAAACUCAAAGAAUGUUUGCAGGAAAGAAAAUCUACGGAUGUAAUGAUUGUGGGAAAACCUUCAGCCAGAGUUCAUCCCUCCUUAAGCACCAGAGGACUCAUACAGGGGAGAAACCCUAUAACUGUAAUGUAUGUGGGAAGCACUUCAUUGAACGCUCCUCGCUUACUGUACAUCAAAGAAUUCAUACUGGAGAGAAACCUUACAAAUGUAACGAAUGUGGGAAAACCUUCAGUCAGAGCAUGAAUCUUACUGUUCAUCAAAGAACUCAUACUGGAGAGAAACCAUAUCAAUGUAAAGAGUGUGGAAAAGCUUUCCGCAAGAAUUCAUCCCUUAUUCAACAUGAAAGGAUUCAUACUGGAGAGAAACCCUACAAAUGUAAUGAAUGUGGUAAAGCUUUUACCCAAAGUAUGAAUCUCACAGUGCAUCAAAGAACUCAUACAGGAGAAAAACCCUAUGAAUGUAAUGAAUGUGGAAAAGCCUUCAGUCAAAGUAUGCAUCUCACUGUACAUCAGAGAAGCCAUACUGGAGAAAAGCCCUAUGAGUGUAGUGAAUGUGGAAAAGCCUUUAGUAAGAGCUCAGCUCUUACCCUGCAUCAGCGAAAUCAUACUGGAGAAAAACCCUACAAAUGUAACAAAUGUGGGAAAUCCUUUAGCCAAAGUACAUACCUUAUAGAGCAUCAGAGACUUCAUUCUGGAGUAAAACCUUUUGAAUGUAAUCAGUGUGGGAAAGCUUUCAGUAAGAAUUCAUCUCUUACUCAGCAUCGGAGAAUUCAUACUGGAGAGAAACCUUAUGAGUGUAUGAUAUGUGGGAAACAUUUCACUGGGCGAUCAUCCCUUACUGUACAUCAGGUUACUCAUACUGGAGAGAAGCCUUAUGAAUGCAGUGAAUGUGGAAAGGCCUUCAGCCAGAGCGCAUACCUUAUUGAGCAUCAAAGAAUACAUACUGGUGAGAAGCCCUAUGAAUGCAAUCAGUGUGGAAAAGCCUUCAUUAAGAAUUCAUCCCUUAUAGUGCAUCAGAGAACGCAUACAGGAGAGAAACCCUAUCAGUGUAAUGAAUGUGGAAAAGCCUUCAGUCGGAGUACAAAUCUUACACGGCAUCAGAGAACUCACACGUGAGGGAAGCUUCCAUGGGAUCCUUCACCAUGAUGAACUCUUCAGUGAUAAUCAGAUAAGUCAUGUGAUGUAGAAACCUAAUAAAUGUAAUGAUUGUAGUAAUCUUUUAGUUGAAGUAUAAUAUACCAUAUCAGAAAAUACAGACCACUGCAGAGAAACCAUAUAGAAGUGGAGAAAUCUUGAUUCAGAAAGUAAAACUUUAUACUAGAAGGUUUAAGUAGCUAAUGUUCUAAGCAAUGAGGAUUCAUGCUGAAGAUAAGUUCUAUUGUAUUAUACUGCAGAUUCUCCUUUGGACAUCAGAGACUUCACACUGGAGAGGAAAUGUGAGAGUGCUUAACUGGAUAGCCCAAAGACCUGGUAUGUAGUCCUGAUCUGCCACUAACUUGGACAAGUCACCUACUUUCACCAGGUCCCAGUGUCCUUAUUUGGUAAAUGAGGGAUUUUAGAUUUAGAAGGCUCCAAGAUCCCUAUAAGCUCUAAAAUGCUACAAACAUAAAUAUGCUUGAUUUUUCACCAUGUUAUAUAUGUUAUCUAGAUGCUCCUAUUCCAUAAUCUGGUUUCCCUGAAUGUUUUGAGUCAAAAUUCUCUACUUCUACCAACUUCUAUUAUUCCUCCAUGUCCUUCCCCCUCCCCCUGUUAUUUUCUCCUCUGAAAUAUUGGCUGCUUGCUACCAGGUGAUAGAAUAA